GAGAGAGAUAGGGAGGUGAAGAGAGGCGAGGGGAGGGGAGGGAGCUCGCCAAUGGCGGUUAGGGUUUCGCCUCCAUCCUCCUCCCGCUGCUAGCCGCGUCGCGAUUCGAGAAGCUGCCGUACCGUCCCCCCGUCGGAACGCGAGCGGGGUCUCCGCGAUGGGGGAGAAGCCGGGCCAGGGCAGGAAGGAGGCGUGGCAGGGCGAGUCGCUGCGCACGCGCAUGAAGCGUGUCAAAGUGUACCGGUUGGAAGAUAAUGGGAAGUGGGAUGACCAGGGAACGGGUCAUGUAACCAUUGACUAUAUAGAGGGAUCAAAAGAUCUCGCUCUUGCUGUCGUGGAUGAAGAGGAUAAUGACACUCUGCUGCUUCACAACAUUACACCUGAUGAUAUCUACAGGAAACAAGAAGAAACAAUCAUCUCAUGGAGGGAUCCUGAAAAGGCACUAGAAUUAGCACUGAGCUUUCAAGAAGCCGAAUCAUGCUCAUUCAUAUGGGAGAAUAUGUGUACCAUACAGCUUGAACUACAAUCUAAAAUCCUUGGCUCUCAUGAAGUUCGUCCACAACGAACAGUGAAAUCUCUAGAAGCUCCAAGAGAUUCGCUUUCGUGUGGUAAAUCCUUAGCAUUUGAACUUCCUCCUCUUGAAUUGUCCAGUCUCUCUGUUAUUUUAAAGACUAUACUGCUAUGUGAUGUGACGCAGCAGACACGUCUCGCAGAUUUAAUAUUGAAAGAUCGUGAUUUUUUCCCCAAGAUAGUGGACCUUUUCAGAACAUGCAAGGGUUUAGGGGACAUGGAUGGUCUCCACAAGAUCUUCAGAUUAGUCAAGGCAAUCAUAUUAUUGAACAGUGCUGCUAUAUUUGACAAGAUUUUCUCCGAUGAUUUUAUUCUUGACAUAAUUGGUGUCCUUGAAUACGAUCCAGAGGAUCGUAAUGUGCAAAAUCAUAGUGCUUUCCUGAAGGAGCAUGCAGUUUUCAAGGAGGCCAUACCCAUUAGAAAUGCUUCUGUGGUUUCAAAGAUUCAUCAAACAUACAGAAUAUGCUAUAUAAAGGAUGUUAUAUUACCGAAAGGACUGGAUGAAGCUACUCUGGCAAGCCUUAACGCAAUUAUUAAUGCGAACAAUGCUUUUGUUGUUUGUCUACUGAAGGAUGACACUUCUUUUAUGCAAAGACUGUUUGCUACUAUGAGGUCUUCAAAUAUUUCCGCUGAAUCAAAAAGAGAACUGGUCUUGUUUCUGCGUGAGUUUUGUACUGUCAGCUCAAGUCUGCAGCCUGCUCAACGAAUGCAACUAUCUAGGGAUCUAGCAAGUCGAGGUGUCUUUGAUAUAAUUUCUGAUGUGCUGCGGAGUCAGGAAAAAGUGCUUGUCUCAGCUGGGACAGACAUCCUACAUUAUCUUACUCAAGAUCCUAACUUACUGAGAUCAUAUAUUGCAAACCACGAGGAAAGUUCUAGAGAAGGCAUUUCUCUUCUUGGGCUUCUGAUUGAAGGCAUUGCAACUGACUUCGGUGGCGAAAUGCUCUGCCAGUUUCUGGAAAUUCUGAAGGUGCUGCUGGAUGGAUGUACUGCGGAUACGGUUACACAAUGUAGAGACUUCAUCGAGCUAUUUUAUGAGAAGUGUUUUGAUAAGUUGAUCAAUAUAAUAGAAUCGUCAAGAGUUGAAGAAUAUUCUGCGAAGCUUGAAAUAUUGUAUAACAUUUGUGAGCUCUUAUGCUUUUGUGCACGUCAUCACCCCUACAAGAUCAAGAUCACCUUUUUUGGAAGCAAUUCAAUGGAGAAGAUCCUUACUCUAACCCGUCGAAGAGAGAGGUCUUUGGUUGUGGCAGCUGUCCGAAUCAUGCGUACUAUUAUUGGUGCUUGCAGAAAUGACGAGCUUCUAAUUAGCCAUGUCAUUGAAUUCAACACGUUGAAACCAAUUAUUGAAGUAUUUGUUGAAAAUGGGAAUAGAUACAACAUGCUACACUCCAUGGUCCUCGAACUGUUGGACUUCAUAAGAAAGGAAAAUCUAAAAUCCCUCGUCGUAUAUGUUGUUGAGUCUUUUUGGGAUCAACUUUUGAUGUUUGAACAACUGACAAGCAUUCAGGCCUUCAAACUCAAGUAUCAAGAGUACGUGGAUAUUGCUGAGGAAACGCAAACUACCAGUGUGGAUCAUACGAGAAAGGCAGAUGAAAGAGGUCUUGAUAAGGAAGAGGAAGAUUAUUUCAGUAAAGACAGCAAUGAAGAAGAUUCUGCUGCACAGACCAGACAUGCACAUCAACAAUGCCUGGUUAAGCCAGCUAAUGGAAGUGAAAUCCAUCACAUCCCUGCAAGGCCUAAAUCUGGUGGUCUUGUGGAUAAUGACUCCGACAAAGAUUAUAAGCCAUCUCCCAAGCGACCCGUAAAAGCCGAUGAAGCCUUAAAUAUACCCAUGGCGAGCCCAAGCUCAUUGGACAGCAAAGAUGCAGAUGGGAAUAUUCUAAAGAAGCCCAAGCUAGAAGAUAAUCAGUCACCACUCUCACCUGCUUCAAGCAUAAAAAAUUCUGACGGCAACGAUGAUGUAGGGAAGGCAAGCCCAGGCUCUCCAGAUCAACAACAACAUGCCCCGGAAAGCCUGGAUUCUGGCCAUCAAACUGGAGACGACUGUAUGAAAGAUGCUGAGGAUACAACAAAAACAACCGACUCUGAGCCUUCUACAGCAGGAUGAGUCAUUUUUCUCCAUCAAUUGGCCUCAACCCGGUCUUUCCUUGCAGCUACAAGGAUAAGGAAUCACGUUUGGCUCCAAAGAAGGCUAGAUCCAUAAUAUGCUAAACUUCAAGCCCGCAAGCUUGACUGGAAGUGAGACAGCUUUGGGCACAGCCAUAUAUAUAUCUUGGAUGUGAUAUCGACUGAACGUGUAAAAUUGAUCUUCAGGAAUAGAUCCUGAAGCUGAGAAUGAGCGCAGCUUUCGUCACGGCAACAUAGGAAUUUUUGGUUGCAUUAGUCUAGUAUGGACAAUAUGACAUUAAGCAGGGGCGUGGAAUGUGCCCUUUGCUAGAAGCUUCCACCCAUGUGGAAUGAAAGGCAGAUGAGCUGUUAUCUUGUAAAACUGCCGGUAGAUAUUAGAAUGGUUCACAAUAGCUUGCUCUACUUUGCAAGUCCAAAUUGAUGGUAGUCUAGCAAUCUAGUUUCUGGUAGUACGGUGUCUAUGUAACACGGGCUAUGCGCUGUGCAUACGCUGUUUCCUGGUUUGCCACUCCGGUGCGGCAGUCUCAUGAUUUGGGGAUUUCAAUUGAAUUAAUCCUAGGCCAUUUCUCUGAGCA